GCCCAAGUCACUGAUACUGCGACAGUGCCAAUGGAAGGCAAGUCAAGGCCUUUACCCUGCAAUCCUCCGUACCUUCACAGUUGCAGGCUGGGAUCAACUGUGGUCUGCACAGUCUGAGCGAGUUGCUGAAAUGCAAAGACGGCUGCAAUCAGCCUGCCGAGAUGCUGCCUUGUUGACCGACAACAGCUCCCAGAAGGAGGAAGCCACAACAGACAUCCGUUCGCAAGCUGCGCAGGCUGUGCAGCCUGCGCAGCUUGCAGAUUCAAAGCAAGCAAGCAAACCUUUGUGCCAAGCUGUGCCGGCUGAUGAGGGUGCGGGCAGCUAUCCUGCUGAAAGUGAGGCAGGUCGGACAUGUCACUCGAUCGAGGUCCCGCAAGCCAUUGCCCAUCAUGAAGACAUUACCAACGUGUCCAACGAGGUGCUUCAACUUCGCUUGCUCAAAACGCAGCAUGAGGAGCUGAAGUCGCAGCUGUCCAGAGCGGAAGCGCAGCUUCGACGGCUGUCACCGCAUGCAGUGUUUCAGCUUCGCUCUUAUUUGGAGAAGCACUUUCGCGAGCCAGGCCUUGCUUUGCAGGUGCAGGAAUCCAUUGUGCGACUGAUCCAAUGCCUCUUUGCAGUCUUCAAAAUGGAGGUCUCGACGCUGACUGCUGAAGCCCUUCUUAGUGGAGCACGUAAAAUAUUCCGGGAUCCGCACAGUUUCACGUCAAAACUUUGCAGCACGGCAACCUUCUCUUCAGAAGAGGCAAAGAAGCUGGCGCCCUUUCUGACGUCAGGAUCGCAGUUCCGGCGAGUGAGAGAGAAGGAGGUCAAUGAGUGCUAUGAAGCCUUACACUGCUGGCUCUCCGCAUUUUACACCUAUUCCACCGUCUCUGACCAGGUGGAAGCCACGGUGCAGCAGUUAGACAGACAAGAAUGGCUGUUGCGACGCCUGAACAACCAGGAGGAUCACUCGAUGGCAUAUCCAUGUCCAGUUUCGACAGCAGGACAUGUUGGGCAGGCCUGGACACCAGCUGUAUCGACAGUUUCUUCUCGUUCAGCCAACACCUGUGCUGGAGGCGUGACCAAGCAGAACUCCAGCUCUGCAAGGGUGACUGCGUCGCCACUGAGCCGCUCUCGCCGUGCGUUGCAGGGAAUCGCGCAGACCACAAGGCCAGUUGGCAGAGCGCGGGAGGGCGAGGGAUUGCAGCCAAGCCGGUCGCCCUCUCCAGGGCAGAGCAGUCGACCUCUUGCACGACCUCGACCCGUGCCAUCAGUGGCUUUUGGUAGCCCAGCGGUGUCUGCGCGAGCUGCCCACGUGACUUCUCCUAUCGGGCGAGCUGGUGGACCAGGAGUUGGACGACCACGAGCAGAGACAGCGCCAGUUGC